GUACUCUAUCUUUCCAGAUGAAUCUCCUUCCCUAUACAAAAGCCUCAUGCCUCCUCGCUCUCUCGCAAUUCACAAAGUUUCCAAACAUCUAAAGUUUUCAAUUUUACAAUAUUAUCGCUAUCAUCUGCUUGAUUCUCUGCAAAAAGAGAAGACUUUAACUGAGAAGAAGAAGAAGUCGUCUGAUUUAUUGAAGAAACUCUGCGAAACAAACUCAGUUCUCAUAUCGUUUAAGGGAUUUUAAAAGGCUAAUCGAAGAUGAAUCCAGAAAAGUUCAUACACAAAACAAACGAGACAAUUGCUACAGCUCAUGAGUUAGCUGUGAAUGCAGGACAUGCUCAAUUCACUCCUUUGCAUUUAGCUGGUGCUUUAAUCUCUGACCCCACCGGUAUAUUCCUUCAAGCAAUCUCUAGUGCCGAUAGCGAGAACGCAACUCAAUCGAAAACCUAAUCUGAUAUGGGCCGCCGUCAGGUUUAAAAAAAAAAAAGACCAAAAUAUUGGAGGGGUGUGGUGAUCGAACUCAUGUUCACGAGAAUAAUAAAAUCUCACAUAACCAAUGGACUAGGAUAAUAUGUUCGUAAUGACUAGAAAAACAAUUGAAUACAAGUAAACAAAUAUUAUAGGGUUAAAUUUUAACUGUGGUUAGCGAUUUCGUUACCACUGUUAACGGCCGUUAU